CCUGCCGCUCGGCGCGCGCGGGGGGGGGGGCGAUGCCGCGGGCUGGCGUGCGCCAGUUGGGGCCCCGCGCCGCCACAGCCUGGGCGGCCGCCUGUACGCGGCGCCGUGGCGGCCGCGUGCGCCAUGCUCGGGGGCGCGUGGUCCUGCUGCCGCAGCCCGCUGGCCAUGGCGUAUACGCCGGGCGCCCGGAACACGUUAAAGCCGCCGGGGCCGCUGGCUCUCCGCGAGAGGACCACGCAGCUCAAAGAUCCGGUGACAGGCCUUCCGAGGGCGGCGCCGAAAGAGGCCGACAUCGUCUUGGAUUUCUUCCAGAGGACGUUCCCCGGGGUUACCACGGAAGAGGCCCAGCUCAUAAAAAGGUGGGAGAACCUUGGGAAUAUCUUUGGUGGGCAUGCUUCCGCCAAUGAGCUCGUCCUCGACAAUCCGAUGGUCAUUCGCAAACACAGCAACAGUGUCACGAAUUCGUGGCUGCAGUUGGAGAGAUAUUUUGGACCAGGCAUGGCGAGAAAGAUGAUUUUCGCGCAGCCUUAUUUGCUGACGAGGAGUGGUAGAAUAAUGAAGGAGUCGCUGCCUGCCCAUUUGAACCUCUUUGGCAGCAAAGAGAGGGUUGCUGAGAUAUCCAGCUGCCUGCGUACCCGGGGGUAUCGCAGGUGGCCGUCGCAAGUUUCUACACGGGGAUGGCGAACAUGA